AUGAAGCCGGCCGGGACUGACGCGUCUCCUCGGCGGCUGCCAUACGUCCACAGUCAACAACAGUCGCCUCGCAAACGCACCGUCUUCACGUUGCUUCUGACCUCGAUGGUCCCGACUUCGCUCCUCCUGCUGAAGGCCAAGAUGCAGCUUGCGUACCUGAAGACGAAGCUUGUCUGGUAUCAAGGCUACCACGACCCGAGCUUCCCGAUGCGGGAGCGGGUCAUGAGUGUCGGACUUUGGACGGGGAUUGCGGGCGGGGGCGGGUUCGCGCUGGGUGCCCUGUCUGCGGCGAUUCCACGCGCUGUCGAAGCUGCCAUCCACGCAAAACGGAAAACGGCGUAUAUGCCGCCCCUGCGCCUCUUCCGCCUGGGUGUCCUCAGUCACGCCAUAGCGCUCGGCUCCGGGACCGCUGCUGUCCCAUCGACUGGACUCCUAAUCCAGCUGCUUGGCAUACCAUCGGGCGACGCGCCGCAACCCAAGCUUCUCGGAUGGUCCGUUAACUCGGCACUCACAGUCCUUCUCAGCGCUCUCUGGGCCCUUCCUGUCCGAGUGCGCAUCGACAGGGCAUUUGCAGCACGUGGCGUGCGCAUGGAUAAGGCAGCCGAUAACGUUAGCACGGCGCUCGCUGUUGGGAUCAUAGGGCUGGCCUGGACGUCACACAAGGAUGAAAAUCCAGGCCAGGAGAGUGCUGAGAAAAGUUCGAUGGAAUCUCGUCCGAAAUAG